CAGAGCCUGGUAGGACAGAGGCCGAAGAAGCCUGUUCUCACGCGGGGUAUCCGCACCAAUCCGUUUUCAGAAAUGUCUAAUGCAAGAGAGAAGAAACGUGCCAAGAAAAUGAGAAAUCAGCCUGCCAGUGUCACCUUAUCUUCUGAUUGUGGACCAUGUCCUAGUGGAAUACAGCACCAUAAUGGGGGAAGUAGAUCUUUUCAAACUCCAAAACAAGAUCUCCAUCCUGAUAGUUCACAGGAGUUUCAGCAGCAGAGACAUCAACAUCAGUCUCCUGGACCUUCGUACAGGAAAGAACAAUAUUUUUCUAAGGGGCAAGGUAGAGGAAGAGGAGGCUGGAGAGGAGGACGCCAAAAUAUUUCUCAAGAAAUGCCUAAAUACGUAACAGCAUCUACCUUUGCUCAAGCCCGUGCUGCUGAAAUCAAUGCUAUGUUGAAGGCAGUUACACAGAAGUCUUCCAAUUCGUUAGUUUUUCAGACUCUGCCUAGGCACAUGCGAAGACGAGCCAUGAGUCACAAUAUUAAGCGCCUACCUAGACGGCUCCGUGAGAUUGCCAGAAAAGAGGCAGAGAAAGCUGUGCAUCAGAAAAAAGAGCAUUCGAAGAACAAGUGCCGAAAAGCUCGAAGGCGUCACGUAAACCUGGUGGUGGAGUUUAACCGCAGGCAGAAGAAGAAUAUUUGGUUGGAAACACAUAUUUGGCAUGCAAAGAGAUUUCAUAUGGUGAAGAAAUGGGGAUAUUGCUUAGGAGACAGACCCACAACUAAGAGCUAUAGGGCUUGCUACCGAGCCAUGACAAAACACUGCCUUCUUCAGGAUUUAUCAUAUUACUGUUGCCUGGAGCUGAAUGGAAAAGAGGAAGUGCUUCUGAAGGUGCUUGCUCGGAUGUGUAGUAUAGAUACAGGACCAACUUUUGCAGCUGUGCCUUGUCUGUCUGGAAGGCUCCAGGGCUCUCUGGUCCUUUACCGUGCUGAUCGCUACCCUGAGGAUUUGCUUGGUCCUAUUACUUUCAUUUGGAAACCCAAGGAUGGGUCUGGUAUUACUUCUGAAACUAGACAGCUGUGGAUCUGGACACAUCCAUCCCUUAAGCAGGACAUACUGACUGAGCUAAAAACAGUCUUUCAGUGUUCAGAGCCUGUAGAAACCUGUUCCCCUGAACCAAUUGUCACAUUGCUUCAAGAAGAAAAACAAACAGAUGUAGCUAUGAUUGUUGGCAAGAAAAGGAAGAGGGAAGACAAUGAAGGAGAAAAAGCUGUGCCAGUGAAAAAAAUCAUUGGUGAUGGAACCAGAGUUCCACUUCAGUCAUACUGCUGGACAUCACAGACUACUGGCGUUGUGAUCAGUGAUUUGACCAUGGAGAUUCUCCGAUAUCGGUUGAUUGGCCCGCUCUCGCACUGUGUCCUUACAGAGGCACUGAAAACUGCUUCUAUCCAAACUGAGAUGGCAGAUGCAGAAACAGAACUUAACAACUGGUGGGUUGAAAACUGCAAGAAUUCUGAGAAGGCGUCUCUUCAUCAACGUCAAGAAGCCAUCUUCGAGUUGUUGCAAGGCAUAAACUCUCCAUCAGAAAUUGCGGCAGGUACAAUACUGGGCCUGACUGUUGGGGAUCCUCGAGUGAAUUUGCCAAAAAAGAGGUCAAAAGCCAUGCCAAAUCCAGAAAAAUAUCAAGAUAAUGAGAAAGUUAGGCAGCUGCUUUUGGAAGGUGUGCCUGUGGAAUGUGCUCACAGCUUUAUCUGGGACCAGACUAUCUGUAAGAACGUUACUGAAAAUAAAAUCCCGGAGCAGGAUUUAAACCAUAUGAGAGGUGAACUAUUGGUACCUGGCUCACAGCUUGACUUGGGUCCUUGUGAAUCCAAGAUUCCUAUACUCUUGGUUCAGCAGCCAGGGAAAGUGGCUGGUGAAGAUCGACCAGGAUGGGGAAGUGGCUGGGAUAUCUAUCUCCCAAAGGGCUGGGGCAUGGCUUUCUGGAUUCCUUUCAUAUAUCGAGGUGCACGAGUAGGCGGCUUGCAAGAGGGUUUGAAACAUUCCGAAUAUAAAAGAACACCUCACAUUCCAAAUGACUUCCCAGACUGUCCUGCUGGAAUCCAGUUUGCCAAAGAACUAGAAAACGUUCUUCUUGAAAAAUUCAAGAGACGCCCACCUGCAAAAAGGGCAAACUAUGUCAAACUUGGCACCCUGGCACCUUUCCUCUGCCCAUGGGGGCAACUAACCAGGGACUGGGAAGUAAGAAACAAAGCUCAGGAAGAAUCUGUGGUUACUUCAUCUGCAGACAGUAAGAGCGGUGCAACUGAAAGACAGGUUCCUUGUGAGCCCAAACCUGGACUGAUUAUAGAGGAUUCUCAGGGUGACAUCAUGGAAGAAAUGGCAAAGAUUCAAAAUUUAUGCAAAGAAGAUGGAGCUGCAACAAGUAGUGGGUUCUUUGUUCUCAGGAACAGAAAACUAUUAAAGCAGUUAUCAGCGAGGUGCCGGCCUACCUGUGGAAAAGGUCAGAGAGUACGCCCUGCUUCAAAACUUGGACAGAAGGAAAUGACUGAAGAUGCCCUCUUAUCGAUCUUUAAGUGCUACCCAAGGGUGCUGGUGUGGGUCAGCUUGUCCCUGCUAAGAAAGGGUAGCCCUGAAUUACAUGCCAUGAUAUGUAUUCCAACACAGGAGGAUUUUCUACAGCUUAACAAAGACCAGCUCUUCUGUGGUCCUCAAGAGCCCAAACACAGCGACAUAUUCAAACACACGAUACUGAAACUAAAAGAGAGAAAAAAGAAAAAGAACAAUGGGAACGCUCUAGAAAGUGGUGCUUCUGAUGCCCUGGAGGCAAAGGCAGUUGAGGAGCCUAAAGAACUAAUACUUGGCUUAUGGCCUGACCCUCUACCAGAUGUUACUUCACAUUGCUCUAGAAUUCUUUUAGGGUUUGUCACUCAAGGGGAUUUUUCAUUAGCUGCUGGCUGUGGAGAAGCACUGGGAUUUGUUAAUUUGACAGGAUUACUACAUAUGUUAUCCAGUCAACCAACCGAUAAAAAAGGGCUUGUUUUGUUAAGAACUCCAGCAUCUCUGCAGUACAGAUUUGCUAGACUUAAUAUUGAGGUAUAAGCAUCAUAUUUGUAAUGAAAUAAUGU